AUGACACAGCCCGCUCGGCGCCCCACGCCCUCCACGGAGAGCGCCGAGGUCGCCUUCUUCGGCGCCGCCUCCAUCCCCGACCCGCGGUCCGCGCCGGCCGCCCCGCUCCCGGACAUCCUCCCGUUCGCCGCCCACGCGUCGACGCCGCCGCCGCCCCCUCCGCCGGCGCCGGUGCCGCAGAAGCAGAAGCACGGCAAGGGCCGGUCGCGCCCGGGGCGCCUCAUCCGGUCGGUGCGCGCCGCGUUCCGGUCGCUCCCGACCAUCCAGGCGCCGUCCUGCCGCGGCAUGCCGUCGCUGCACCACCUCCCGGGGCUCUACGGCCCCGGCGGCGCCGUCCGGAACCACUUCCACGGCGCCACGCACGCGACGGGGACGCUGUACGGGCACCGCAGGGCGCGCAUCACGAUCGCGUUCCACGAGAGCCCCGGGAGCCCGCCGUGCCUGCUGCUGGACAUCGGCGUGCCCACGGCCAAGUUCAUCCAGGACGUGAGCGCGGCGGGGAUGGUGAACGGCGAGAGCGUCGGGUACGCGUCGCGGCGGGAGGCGACGGAGCGGGACGAGCGCGUGAUGCAGAUGCUCCACGCCACGUCCAUGGGCGCCGGCGUGCUGCCGGCCGACAUGUCCCACCAGUCGGACGGCGAGCUCACGUACAUGCGCGUGCACUUCGACCGCGUGGUGGGGUCCAAGGACGCCGAGACGUACUACAUGCACAACCCCGAGGGCGGCGCCGCCGGGCCGGAGCUCACCAUCUUCUUCAUUAGGAAUUAG